AUGGAACCAAUUAAUAAUUUUAAUAAAAAAAAUAAAAGAUCUUUAUCACAAACUUCACAAUAUUAUACAAAUUCGAAAUUAUCAUGUGAAGAAAUAAUAAAUAAAAUGGAAAAUGAACAAGAUGCUAUAGUGGUACGUUUAUUAAGAGAAAUUAAUUAUCUUAAAAAUGAAAAUAAUAAAUUAAGAAAUAAAUUAAAUCAAAAUAAAUUUCGUCGUUACUCAACUGGUACAAGAAAUAUUGAUAAUGAUCAAGUAAUAAUUGAUGAUGAUGAUGAUGAUGAAAUUGAACAUAAUAGUAAUACUAAUAAUAAUGAACUUUUGAGUAAUUUACCUUUAACCCCAAGAAGAUCAUUUAACAAUAAUUCGUCAUAUUCAACACCAAUUUCAUCACGUAGGCCAAGUAAUGUUAAUUCAAAUACUAUUUUCCCAAUACAUACACCUUCAACAACAUCAACAUCUUCAUCAAAUAUUAAUUCAAUAUCAGGGAAUUUUUUAAGACCAAAAAAUUUUACAUUUUCACAUAUUUCAACAAAUUCCUCAUCGUCUGGUGCAGUUGGAAUGGAAAAUUUAUCAAUUAAUCAAAAUAAAAAUAAUAGAAAGAGAAGAACGUCAAGUACAGUUUCUUUAGAAAAUAAUCCACAUUUUAAAAAUCAUGAAAAAAAAGUUAACGAAAUUUUACCACUAAGAUAA